AUGCCCUCAGUUUUAGAUCUUGAAUUGAGAUUUGAUGACAAGGAGAACAAAUUUUUGGCCGAAAUAAGAAUGGUAUGGAAAUGCCAAAACAAGGACAUAGACAUCGUCAAAGGCGAAAACGAAAGAGUAGAAUUGGGAAUUUUUGGAACUCAACUCGAUCCCGAGACUACUAUCGGAGUUAGGGUCGUAAUAGGAAAGGACAGGAAUGAGCCUGCAGUCUCAGAUGUUCAAAAAACCCAUGUGACUGUCUCUGUGUCUUGGCCUAUGGUAGUAUGUGCAUGCGAUAAUAUAAAGGUUGAAGAGUCAGCACCACUCUUUGCUCCCACGCCGCUUCCACUUUCUUUACUAUUUCCGUCAUCCACCAAACUCAAAUACAUAUUGCCAAAAGACAAUUCACAUUCAAGAAGCUUUUGGCCAAAGGACGCAGUUAGGGUACCAGUUGGGAAUUUGGAUCAUUUAAAU